AUGCUGACUCCCCUCUCGUCUCUCCCCGGAUGGCUGUCUCAGGCGUGCGACAAGCACUGCGGCGAGAUGGACUACCCGUUCUUCGCUCUCAAGUAUGGAUUCAUAUGUUCGUGCGGAAACAGUGUGCCAGACGAGAGCCGCCGGGCGGACGACAGCCUAUGUUCUACGCCGUGUAGGAGCCCCGACACGAACAGCAAAUGCGGCGGAGAUUUGCACCAGGCAAUCUUUUGGGUGUCCGAAAGGGGCCAAUGAGAGUACUACGAGAGCGAGUGGACAAAAAAGGAGACCGAAUGCUACAUGAACUGCUGUCUCGCACCCCAACAACGGGCCUAGGGCAGCUCGACACGGAGGAAGAACGGUCGGGGCAGACGUUCGAUCGACUUCUGCGCGUGAUCUCAAAGGACCACCUUCUUCCCCGGUGUGUGUGGCUGAGCUCAAUGCCGGCUGGUAACCAGCUGUUCAUUUUUCACCGCUUACCCUGAGGGGGCCUCGCACAUCUUAUCUUCGUUUCUUUUCUCGCAGACGGUGUCUCGGGUAGAUAUCAGUCCGUGGCCGUCCCCCAAACAUUUAGCAUUGGUUGGGUACAAUACAUUUAGAUAAGCACUGUUUCACGGCGUGGUGGUCGGGAAAACACACACACACGUCGACAGAGAUACAUCGGUCGGUCGGCAGGGAGCAAAUACCUCCAACAACACACCUGGCCUAGAAAACGUGAAUACCUGGUGCACGUUUAGAUCAGGUCGCAACGCUGCUUCUUUCUGAAUAUAAUCAGUCCCACAACGAAAAGUGGCAUAGACAGCGGUGAUGCGAAGCCGUGGAGAAGAAAUGAGGCCAGAGGCGGCACAAGCAGGCGCCCCAGCGAUAUCCCGUAGCAAAAAACGGCGCAGGUUGGAGGUUCCUCGGGCAGUGCAUUCGAGUCGGUUUGUGUGUGUGAUGCCUCGGGAAAAUACUUUUCGAGUUCGUCCGGUGUGUGUGUGGUCAUCUCUCCCUGUCUGUUCGUGUACCAUGCGAUAGCGGGACGAGGUGUCGUGACCCUUCUUGAGGUCGGUUGGCCCUUGGCAGACACUAGAAAGUUUUUCUCCACCUCUCUCUCCUCCUGCGGUGUUUGCCCUCGAUUUUGAACGCGAAACGGGUGGUACUACAAUAAAUAUCGCGUCGUCAAUAAAUAACGAGACCCCGGCACAGAUUAAUUUCGUUUUGCCGUUGGUCGCUCCUUUCGUGACUCUGCAACGUGUUCACAUCAUACUGUCAAUACCCGGUGUAUCGUAUUUCAGUGCCAUUCUCGAUAUUGUCUGGUUACGUUGUACAUGUACUGUAGUUUGGUGGCAUUCUCGCUUUGUCUGCAUAUAUCUUGUACUUCGAGUAUGGUAUUUCUGUGCCAUUCACGCUUAUACCAAUUGUCAUGUAUGUGCAUAUCAUGCUGUAUCAACAUGUUUCGCGACGUCGAGACUCACGCAAAAAUGAAUGUGGGAGGGAGGGGGGAUGGACGAUGGCUGUGCUACACUUAUGCGCUCAUCAUAGGACAGUCUAGCAGCCCGGUUACCAGCCCUAGGCACGUAGAAAUGUUGCUUGUUUCUAGCCCUCCUUUGCUUUAACCCCGUGAAAGGAAUGCAGGAAGGAGAGGGCUUGCGCGAUUGAAGUCAUGAUGUUUUUGUUGGGGGGGUGACUUCGUUUUUUCCCGGGAAGGGAGGGGGGCGGUUUUCGUGGACACGCCGACACAACAUAAUUUUGUCUUCAGGGCGUGAAAUGCUUUCGUCUUCAGGGUGCUAAAAGCUUGUGUCUUACAGGUUUUCAGUGCUCGUCGUCUUCAGGACGUUAAACGCGUAAAGUACGCUACCAUGGGGGGGUCCUUCGCGUUCGCAAGGGCGCAGAGCAUUAUAUUUUGUAGCUGUUGUUCAGGCUCGACGGCCGCCGGUAGCUAUGUACAGCCCUUCGAACUAGAUUAAUGUUGCUUUUGCCAUAAGUUGAAGCGCAUCAACGGGAAGGA